CAGCCCGUGCCCGGUGCCGCGGCCUGGCCGUUCCGGCAGCUGCUCCAGCCCGUGCCCGCUGCCGCGGUUCCGUGUGCCGUUGCCAACCAUGAGCAAGCGGAAGGCUCCCCAGGAGGGCCCCAACGAGGGCAUCACCGAUUUCCUCACGGAGCUGGCCAAUUACGAGCGCAACGUGAACCGAGCCGUUCACAAGUACAACGCCUACAGGAAGGCAGCCUCGGUGAUCGCCCGGUACCCCAGCAAGAUCCAGAGCGGCGCCGAAGCCAAGAAGCUGGAUGGAGUAGGAGCUAAGAUAGCUGAGAAGAUAGAUGAGUUCUUGUCCACUGGGAAGCUGCGCAAGCUGGAAAAGAUCAGACAGGAUGACACCAGUGCAUCCAUCAACCUCCUGACGCGGGUCACUGGCAUUGGUCCUGCUGCUGCUAGGAAGUUUGUUGAGGAAGGAAUUAAGACUAUAGAAGAUCUAAGGAAAAUUGAGCACAAGCUGACACACCACCAGCAGAUUGGGCUGAAAUAUUUUGAGGAUUUUGAAAAGAGAAUCCCAAGGGAAGAAAUGCUGCAGAUGCAGGAAAUUGUGCUGGAAGAGGUAAAGAAGCUGGACCCAGACUAUAUUGCUACAGUCUGUGGCAGUUUUAGACGAGGGGCAGAGUCCAGUGGUGAUAUGGAUGUUCUGCUAACCCACCCGAGUUUCACAUCUGAGUCAACCAAACAGCCAAAGCUCCUGCGUCAAGUUGUGGAACGACUGGAAAAAAUCCACUUUGUCACAGAUGUGCUGUCUAAAGGUGACACUAAAUUCAUGGGGGUCUGUCAGCUGCCCACUAAAGAAGAUGGAACAGCCUUUCCACACAGGAGGAUUGACAUCAGGCUUAUCCCCAAAGAUCAGUAUUACUGUGGGGUGCUGUACUUCACAGGCAGUGACAUCUUCAACAAGAACAUGAGGGCUCAUGCCCUGGAAAUGGGCUUCACCAUCAACGAGUACACGAUCCGAGCCCUGGGGGUCACUGGAGUUGCUGGGGAGCCUCUACCAGUGGAAUCUGAGAAAGAUAUCUUUGACUACAUCCAGUGGAAGUACCGAGAGCCGAAGGACCGCAGCGAAUGACUCCGUGUCUGGCUCUGGAGCUUCAGGAGGUGCUCCUGUGCUUUCUUGUGAACAUGCAAAGUGCAUGGAGAUGGUGUUGGAAAUUGGUACAUUGCUGAUGUGUGAAGAAGUCCACAGCACUAAACUGAAGGUUUCAUCCUUUGAGAUCUCACUUUGAUCUCUCCCUCCUUCCGUCCCUCCCUCUUGCACCUCCUCACCCUUAAAGCUGUCAAAGCCACAGCAAACCCCUCCUGUGCUUAACUGAGCAGGCUGCCAUCCUAAAAAAUGCUGUGGGCAAGGUGAUGUGGCAGUCAGAGCCCUUGGAGAAUGCCUGUUGCCUUUUGCUUUGGGAUUUAGAAGGUAAGUCCUGAGUUUCUGGUUAAGCCCUGAGGAGCAGAAACUUCUAAGGCAAAGGCAGAAUGUUUCUCCUUCCUCAGUGCAAGCAGCCAAAGACAGUGGCUGCCAGUCCAAGCUGCUGCUGCCUCUCUGGAGUUGCUGCCAAGUCUUCCAAACCAAGCUGGGUGCUCUAUUUAUUGAACAUGUGUCAGUGUGAGACAGAAUUGCAAGCCUGGAAGCAGCAGGACUUCAAUCCUGGGUCAGUUUGACCAGUGCUGAUUAUUAAAGACUUGUUUGGUAAUGCCAUUGUGUGGGCAGAGAGGAGUUCAGCAUCUGCACUGCCAGACAGCUGAACCUGAAUCACAGAGCUGGGUCCCACUUGGUUCAGCUUUUCAUCUGACUGAAGCCUGCACAGCAGCUGCACUUCACUUGUUCCUGUGUAAUUAGCGUCAUCAGUGUCAGUAAUGGAGAUUAGAGACUGGGACUCUUGCUUGGCCCUUUGUUUUCUUCUGGUUUUCCUUCUGGGAGUUGAAUUAUUUGCUGGGAAUGUUCUCCAGCCUGACCACAAGCAGUGGUAAGGUGACUGGAAGUGAACUUGGUGCUGUGCGUUCUGAUGCAGGUGCAUGCGGUGGAUGGAUGCAGUUUCCUUCAGUCAUCCCUGGGAAUAAAGGAUUCUGUCGUCCUGCUGGGUUCUGUA